AUGGCACAUUAUGGUCUUGUUCGGCACGUGCAAGCUACCAAGUUCGCCGACGAGAUCAAGGAUAUCAGGGAGAAUCGUAAAUUGAGAGCAAGCAGCAAGAUUCUACAGUUACUACCAUUCCUGGACAAGAAGGGAGUUCUCAGGGUGGGCGGUCGACUUCAGUAUUCGUCAUGGCCGUUCAAUCGAAGACAUCCUAUAAUUUUACCGUCCGGAGAUCGAUUCUCAAAAUUAUUGUUCGAGAGAAAGCAUCGUCGAUUGUUACACACUGGUCAGCAACUCUUGUUGUCUUCUAUAAAGGAGCGAUACUGGCCACUCAGGGGGCGCAAUUUGGCGAGGCAAGUUUGCCACGAGUGCAUGCGUUGUGCAAGAAUCAAUCCACGAAAGAUAUUCCAAGUAAUGGGACCCUUGCCGAGCAGUCGAGUACGUCCCAGCCGAGCAUUCACAAUCACCGGCGUCGAUUUCGCCAGCCCCAUAACAACGCUUGUCAACAAGGGUCGAGGACGGAAGACGAACAAAUCUUACAUUGCUCUGUUUGUUUGCUUCGCGACGAAGGCAAUUCACUUGGAGGCUACGAGCAAGCUUACAACCGCGGCAUUUCUAGCGACACUCCGUCGGUUUAUUGGUAGGAGAGGACGUCUACAGAAACUCUACAGCGAUAACGCAACGAAUUUUGUUGGCACUAAUCGAGAGCUGAAGGAAGUAUACCAGUUCGCUCAGGCUCAAGCUAAAGGAAGGAUUGGUGAGGUGCUGUCCAACGAGAACAUCGAAUGGAAGUUUAUACCCCCCUCUUUGCCACACAUGGGCGGACUUUGGGAAGCAGGGGUGAAAGCUUACAAACACCACUUGAAACGAAUUAUGGGAAGCGCUCUAUUCAUUUUCGAGGAGCUUUCAACGAUAUUGAUUCAGAUCGAGGCCUGUUUAAAUUCGAGGCCAUUAUCCCCAUUAUCGUCAGAUCCGACUGACCUACAGCCUUUCACACCUGCGCAUUUUCUAAUGGGAGACACGAUGACUGGGCUUCCGGAUACAGACGUGACGGAUAUUUAA